AUGGCAUCAAACUCCUCCAACCAAUCCGACUUUGAGGACAGGGACCUGACUCAAAGAGACCCCCAGGAGGAGGAAAACCCGGAGAAGUGCGACAGGGAUGACCCGAGGAUGGGAGAGUAUGAACCCACCGGAUCAGCUUGUCCCGGACCCCCCUCGGCACACAUGUGGGGUCCCCCAGCUCACUGGAUGUCAAGUGGUCACCCUUAUGAUGAGAGGACUGUGUGGAACCCCAAGUUCUGUGUGGUCACCGACAGUCAGAUGCUGCUCCUGGACAAAGAGGAGAUCCAUCCUUUGUUGUUGCAGGAGAGGAGGUCAGAGUCGUGUCAGGUUCGGCUUCUACGACGCACCAUCAGCGUCCCCGUGGAAACCAACUUCCACAGCCCAGAGUUCCACAGCCAGCUGUCCACUGAAAGCGUGUCGAACUAA